CAAGUGCUCGGCGAAAUGCCCCAUUCAAUUGGUCUCCCCCCGGACGAACACAUGUUCGUCACACUCAUUCAUGGCCUCGGCCGGGCCCAUUUGGUGAAGAAAGUUGUCAAUGUCGACUUGGUUGCGAGGUGCAACCAGAAACCUUCUCUCAAGAUAUUCAAUUCGAUACUCGACGUGCUUGUGAAGGAAGAUAUAGACAUAGUUAGGGAGUUUUAUAGAAAGAAGAUGAUGGGGAGUGGCGUCAAGGGUGAUGACUAUACUUUUGGUAUCUUGAUGACGGGUCUUUGUUUGACGAAUCAGAUUGGUGAAAGUUUCAAGCUUUUGCAGGCUAUUAAGUCGAAGGGCGUUGCCCUGAAUACUGUGGUAUAUAACACAUUGCUGCAUGCACUUUGAAAGAAUGGGAAAGUCGGGAGGGCCAGAAGCUUGAUGAGUGAGAUGGAAGACCCUAAUGAUGUGACUUUUAAUAUUUUGAUAUCUGGUUACUGCGGAGAAGAGAAUUUAGUGCGGCACAUAAUGCUAGAAAAAUGUUUUGGUCUUGGGUAUGUGCCCCAUGUUGUCACGAUAACAAAGGUGUUGGAAAUUCUAUGCAAUGAUGGUCGGGUGAUGGAAGCUGUUAAAGUUAUAGAGAGAGUUGAGAGCAAUGGAGGGUGGGUUGAUGUUGUGGCAUAUAAUACCUUGACUAAGGGUUUCUAUCAAUUGAGGAAAGCAAAAAUUGGUCUUCACAUUUUGAAGGAGAUGGAGAGAAAGGGAUGUCUUCCAAAUGUUGAGACCUACAAUAUCUUGAUAUCGGGUUUCUGUGAGUCUGGGAUGUCGGACGAAGCUCUUGAUCUAUCGGACGAAGCUCUUGGUCUGUUUAAUGAUAUGAAAAUAAAUGGAAUCAGUUGGAAUUUUGCUACAUAUGAUACGUUAAUAAGAGGCUUAUGUUCAGGAGGAAGAAUUGAAGAUGGGUUAAAAAAUUUAGAAUUGAUGAAUGAAAGCAAAUUUUUUUAUAUUCAUCUCUUUUGUCGGAUAAGUUCACGAGCUUAA